AGAAUCCAACAAGCAGCAAACCGCGCCGCAAAUAAUUGAGGCAGCACUUUUGUUUCUGCUAUCAAAAGGCCGGCUGAGGGGCUCUCAAAGGUUUGCCAUUGGACCUACCCAUCUUGCAACCCAUCCUCUUCUAGAAUAAGCGCCGGCAGAGUUUCCUUUCGGCAGCCCAACAUGGGGUGGUCCAAAUCGACGCGCAUCAAGGUGAUGCUCGUCAUCGACCUCCUGUUUUUCCUGCUCGAGCUGGGCGCUGGUUUCGCCGUCGGGUCGCUAGCGCUCAUGGCUGAUGCCUUCCACAUGCUCAACGACAUUAUCUCCUUGAUCGUUGGCUUGUGGGCGGUCUCAGUGGCAAGGAAGGCGACGACGGACAAGUUCUCGUACGGGUGGCUCCGCGCCGAGAUUCUGGGCGCCUUCUUCAACGCCGUCUUCCUCAUUGCUCUCUGCGUGUCUAUCCUCCUCGAAGCGCUCACAAGGUUUAUCGACCCGCCCGAGAUCGGCAACGCGCAACUGAUCCUGAUUGUGGGCUGCCUGGGACUCGCUUCGAAUCUGGUCGGCUUCGCAGUGCUUGGAGGACACGGACAUUCCCAUGGACCCGGGGAACACGGGCACGGCGAGGACGCACACAGUCAUGGUUCUGAACGCGCCGCCGAGGAAGGAGUAGCCGGUCAGUUCGUGGACGAAGGCGAUGCGGCAGACGAGCGUGGGCGCGUAGCCGACCUCCUACCCGAAGCGGCUGUUGCAAGAUACAGGACCUCGGCUUCGCUGCCCAGGCGUAGCCGAAUCGGUUAUGGAGAUGGUGAGAGCGAGAGGGCGCCCCCAGGUCGGAGGGAGCGGCGCACGCCGGGGGCCGUUCGACACGGUCGUCUCGCGAUCACCAGCAUUGAUGAUCUCAGCAUCCAUCCCGCUAGUUUCCGGCAGGAGAUCAUUGAUGCUUGCCGGCCUCAACACGACGACGAGUCCAGCAGUGACAGCAACGCGGAAGAAGAAACGGUCGUCACCGACGAUGCGUCACCACGUGAGGACACUCCUCUACUGGCCAAGAACGGUGAUUCACAGACCGGUCACGGAGGAUUCGGAUCUCAAUCUCCGCCCCUGAAGAAACGUGCCAGGCGAGGCUCGGGCAUUCACCAUUCGCACAAUCACAACAAACCGAAGAAGCCGGGCAAGGAUCACGGACACAGUCACGGCGAUAUGGGAAUGAACGCCAUGGUCCUGCACGUUCUGGGCGACGCGCUGGGCAACGUAGGGGUGAUAGUCACAGCACUCAUUAUCUGGCUGACCGACUGGCCGGGACGCUACUAUGCCGAUCCCGCUGUUUCGCUCUUCAUCACGCUCAUCAUCCUCCGCUCCGCCAUACCUCUGACGGUUGCGGCAAGCAAGAUCCUCCUGCAGGCAACACCCGAGCACAUCGACCUCAAGGACGUCAGAGAGGAUAUCCAGGCCCUGCCGGGGGUCAUAAGCUGUCACCAUGUGCACGUCUGGCAGCUCUCUGAUACGAAAGUUGUCGCGUCGAUGCAUAUCCAGGUCGCCUUUCCCAUCUCGGAGGCCAACGGCGAGAGAUACAUGGAGCUGUCCAAAAUGGCUCGCAAGUGCCUGCACGCCUACGGCAUCCACAGCGCAACCAUCCAGCCCGAGUUCUGCCUAGACAGGGCGCACACACAUGUUGAGGAAGCCGACGCUGCAGCGAGCGUGGACGGGCCGGCGGCUGCGCAGCCGCCGACAUGUGCGCUUGCUGAAGGGGGUGUCUGUCUGCUGGAUUGCGUGGACAACUGUGUCGGAAAGGGCUGCUGUUCAUCGAACGCGUCGAGACCUGAGAGUACACACUCUGGGCAUGGCCACGACCAUGACGAGCACGCGGAUCGUGCUCAUUCGCAGGCUUGAUCCUAAGCUAUCAUCUGUUAUUCA